ACUCAAAGUUUCGGUUUCAUUUCCAGAAUUGAGCGGCAGCAGAGAGAUUGUGCGAAAUAUUUCAGGAGGUUUGUCCUGCUGAAAAAGACCGUGUGUGUUAAAUUUGAAAAGAACAGGAAAUGAAGAGAAGAACUGUGUUGAGUCGCCUAACUGGUGACGGUGAUAAUAAUGAUAAUAGUAAUGAGGAUGACGAAGAACAGGAUGAAGAAGAACGUACUUCUAACAGAAGAGAAACGCUAAGGAGACGAAAGAAAGUCAAUUAUAGAACAAGCCCUGCUAAUUAUGAUAAUGAUGGUGAUGAUGAUGAUGAUGAUGAUGAUGAUGAUGAUGAUGACAAUGAAGAGGGCCAGGAGGAAGAUGAGGACGACGACCUCAUGGAGCUAGAAAAUAGCCAGCUGCGUGUAACUUGUGGAAACAUAAAGGGCCUCCUGGAUACAGAAAAGCUGAACAGAGGAGAAGCAUGUAUUGAGCAUGAGGGCAAAUUCUUUACUCCAUCUCACUUUGAGUACCGUGCGGGAAAAGGCAGCGCAAAGAAAUGGAAAUGUAGUAUUCUCUACAAGAGGAAACCUCUCCAGUAUUAUUUUGAUAAAGAGCUCAUAGAAACUCCUCCUAGAUACCAAAAGAAUGGAAAGAAAACGGCAAAGCAAAAAAACAAAUCAGCAGAUUCUGAGUCUGCGUCAGAUGGGGUGUCAGGAGAGGACUCAAAUGCAGACACAAGAGAUGCAGAAAUGCAGACUUCAGCACAAACUGAGGAAGACUUUAAAGAUAAAAACUUGGUUCCAGACAGUGAAGACGAGGUGCUGCUGACGGAGGACAGCGAGGAUGAAAGGACUGAAAUUGAUGGAGAGGUUGGAGACUCAGAGGCUGUCAGGAGUAAAGAAGAGGAAGACAAAAUGGAAAACGGAGAAAUGGAGGAUGAGGAUGCACCAACUGUUGCAGAUCCCUGCACAGACAACAGCAUCAUACAAGAACAAAUACAAUCAAUUGUGAAAACAUUUCAUCAAAAGAAACCAGUGAUGAUGGAAUUAAAAGUUGUCCUCAGGAAGGUUUCAGAGGAACCCGGCCGAGCAGACAAAGUGUUAGGCUCUUCAUCUCAGGCCAAACAUCAUGAUGACCAGACCAACUCCAUGGAACGUCCAGUAAAAGAUGGCGGGUUUCAGCCUUUGAAUGAGGAUGCAAACACUGACAAGGAUGCAGGACACGAAAGUUCAGCAACAGUUGACCUGUGCAUCCCUACAGCUGUACAUGUUGAUCCCCCACAGAUGUCAGCUCCACUCGUCACUGAAGAUGUUCCAGGCCCUUCCACGACACCUUCGAGGGCGCUGAGUGAAAUUGAGGAUCUAGGACACACAGAUGCAGCACAGUCAAGCACUCCCCAAGCAACUGAAGACUUAGACUACCUUUCCAAUGAACUGACCAUUCCUAGGCUCAAUCCAGAAAUACCAGAUUGUGCCUCGGAAGCUUCUGAUGUCUCAGAAGCCUCUGAUGUAGACAGAAUGGACUUUGAUCAACUGAAGAGAGAAAAACUAAAAAUGCAUUUGAAAGUUUUGAAAUUACAGGAGAAAUAUUACACUUUGAAAAUUAAGAAAUUAAAAAAAUGAAAGCUUUGUAACUGGAUAUUAAGUGACAGUAGACAGUGCAGACGACGCGAGAAAAAGGGCCGCAUGAUGCAUGCAAACUCCUUAUAUAAUUCAACAAUUUCCUUGAGGUUCUACCAAAGGGAUCAAUAAAGUUUUAUCUAUCUA